GAUAUGCUAACACUUAUGAGCCUUAUUUUUAAUCCAACUCGCCCAUAGUAGUAUGGUGUAGGACAAAGUAGCGUGAAUACAAUCUCAAUGUUUCUUAACACCAUCUAGCGGUGUAAACUUCAGUUCCAUUUUUCUUACUUUUUUUUUACAAGUUUCGAUUUGCAUUAUGUAAUAAAAUUUUUGCAGCCAUUCAAACAUUUUCUAGAAAGAAAACCAUUAGCUGAUCAAAACGUUUUGUUUGUAGCAUUCAAUUUGAUGGUGCAUAUUUCAGAAACAACCUAAAACCAAGGCUGCAUUUUAAACUGUAUUAUCCCGUACCCAACUGGAACAUUUUAUCUGCCCUUUAAGACGAUUUUUUUAUUUCUUCGUUUUGGCACGUGUUUUGGUUUGGUUGGCCUUUCCUUCUUUACCCAGGAAAUCGAUGUUUGAUUGAUAUUAAAAGAUUAGACGGAACUAUGGAAGAAGUUGACUGAAAGAGUUUCUUUUAUGAACAGCCUUGGUUAAUGCCAAAUGCCAAUGGCAUGAAGCAAGCUAUAGCCUUCCUCAAGAACUAGUGAGAUGUUGGGGUAUAAGCUAUAAUUUUCAAAACGCUAGGAGGGAACUUCGUUCGUUGCUACUCUACAAGGCUGUAUACCAAACUAUUUGGAUUUUUGAAAUUCGGUUUUCUUUACUGACAUUCUCACCCAACUGAAGUACAGAUACACGGGGACUGCAGAGAGAGUGAGAUUUUCAAAGUUGAAACUCAGUUGGCCUUUCUUGGCUUUUGUCGUUCGUGUGAUAAAGACGAGGUCUGGGAGGUUAGGUUGGUGUAAUCACUAUUGAGAAUUGGUGUGCAAAUUUCAGUUGGCCAGAGUCAGAAUCGUGGAAAUUUCAACGAGGUGAAAUGGAACGUGUGUUAAUGCUCCCGCGGCCAUUUUUACUCACGAUUGGCCUGGUUAUAUUUUGUGCUAACCUUUCAAUAUUAUGGUUUUAUGGUGAAGACAGCCCGAACACCAUACCUCCCGUAAAUCAAGCAAAUCUACAGAUAUUCUAUCGAUCGUUUCUAGAUGACACAUUGCCGCUGUGCAAUAAUGGCUUUCUCGACAUGAAGAACUACCUCAAUCCACCAUGCCGUGCAAAAUCGUUUGCAUUAGAAGACACCACCAGAUGCCUUGAUAGACUUUCUUAUGGUGAUCAUUCACAUCCAAAUCAAACAGAGCUUUAUCAGCUUUUACCUACUAGUCAAACACCUGGAGGUGGGCGAACUACUUCAGAGAAUAAACUUGUGCAUUUUAUUUUCGUUGGUGAUUCCACAAUACGACAACAUUUUUACAACUUGCUUAAGUUCUUGCCGGACUACGAUCUCGAAUUCGAUUCACCGAUCGUUUCGAAACAAGGAAAACUUCACAUGGACGCGAAUGUAACGAGCCGUUUAUUAAAUUUCCAUGCCUCGUUUCAUUGGGAACCGAGAUUUUCAAACAGGACGAAUGACAUCUUUUCAAAAUGGACUUCCAAAAACGAUGUCGUCCGAGUGAUAGUUCUCGGUAUGUCCUUACAUCACAUCAUGCAUCUGCAAGAAGACAGUUCUCAAUAUUCAGAGUUUAAGAGAGGACUGACUGAGCUUUUGCCAAUUCUCCAGCGUGUCGCUAAACAUAACAAAGUUGUUUGGGUGAAGCAGUACACCGUCAUCGACAAUCCUUUCAUAUCCAGCAUCUUUUACAAUCACAUGAACAACUUGAUUCAGAUCAGGCCAUCCAUUUAUCAGUUCAAUUUAUUGGUUGCUAAUAUAUUAAGGGACAGCGGGAUCAUCCUCUGGAACACAGGUGAUUUGAUCGUUGAAGGAUACAUCCGUAGUUGUUUUGUUCUGCCUCGUAACGAUCUUGAAUUUACCGGAAAGGCUUACUUCAGUUGUCCCGAUUUAGUUCAUCCGGGUUUCGUGGCGCAGGUUUAUGCGACGCAUCUUUUCCUCAAUGAGGCGUGUCAUAUUACCAAUGGCGAUGUCUGACUAUAGCCGUAGCACUAAGUGGUAGACGUGUAAUCUUUCAUAUGAAUUUUUGAGGCCCAAGUUUACGUUGUUAUGUAAUACACUGACAAUUUUUACCUGGUGAAA